AUGUGCAAAAAGAUCAUUAUCAACCUCACCUCAAGCCAGUUCCAUAGACAAAAGCUGGACCUCAAUCAAAAGCAUUCAACGGUGCUUGAGGACAAUGAGGUGGUGAUUCAUUUGUUGGUCAAGGAUUCAAAAAUUUCAAAAAUGGAAAAGCAAGACAUUAUACUCAUGUUGGAGGUCCAUCUAGUUUUCACAAUCAAGCCAGGAAAAUGUGGGAAGUGGCUUGCUUUUCGUGGUGGUGAUGAAUUUGAAGACUUGAGUAAUCAAGGUAACUUUCUUGAGAUUUUAAAAUUUCUUGCUGAUCAUAAUGAAGACAUCAAAGCAGUUACAUUGACAAAUGCUCUUGAUAAUUUAAAAUUAACAUCACCUGAUAUUCAUAAAGAUAUUGUGAGGGUUGCAGCUUUUGAAACACUUGAUAUGAUUAUUAAAGAAAUUGGAGAUGCGUUGUUUUUUAUUUUAGUUGAUGAAUCUCAUGAUAUUUCAACUAAGGAGCAAAUGACUAUUGUGUUGCGAUAUGUAGAUAAAGAUGGGUGUGUGAUUAAACGAUUUGUGGGAAUUGAACAUGCAGCCAAUACCACAGUUGUGUCACUUAAAGGUGCUAUUGAUAAAUUAUUUUCUAGAUAUGGAUUAAGCAUAUCUAAAUUGCAGGGACAAGGUUAUGAUGGGGCAAACAAUAUGCAAGGGGAGUUAAGUGGUCUUAAAACUCUUAUUUUGAAUGAGAAUCCAUUAUCUUUUUAUGUUCAUUGUUUUGCUCACCAACUUCAACUUGCUCUUGUAGCUGUCCCAAAGAAACAUAUGCUAGUUGCUUAUCUUUUUAGUGUGGUAACUAUGGUGAUAAAUGUCAUUGGAUGUUCUUCUGAGCAUUGUGAUAUUCUUAGAGAAAAGCAUGAUGUUAUUAUUUCUGAAGCUUUCAAGUGUGGUGAAAUUUCAAAUGGAAGAGGGCUAAAUCAAGAAACCAAUCUUAAAUGUCCCGGUGAUACUCGUUGGGGUUCACAUUAUGCUACAUUUGAUUUUAUAUUCAGUCUUCAUUUAAUGAAAGCAUUGUUGGGAAUAACAAAUGAAUUGUCAAAAGCACUACAGAGAAAAGAUCAAGAUAUUGUAAAUGCCAUGAAAUUAGUGGAAAUUUGCAAGAAAAGAUUACAAGCAAUGAGAAACCAUGAAUGGGAUUCCUUUCUUAAUCAAGUCUCAACCUUUUGUGCUAAAUAUAAUGUGGAUGUUCCUGAAAUGGAUGAUAUAUUUGUUGCCCAAGGUCGAUCACGAUGCAAAACUCAAGAAAUGACAAAUUUACAUCACUAUCGUGUGAAACCUAAGACUUUUUCAGGUUGA